AAAAUAUUUUGUGUUUUUAGAUAUGCACUUUGCCUGAGAAAUGCGCUAUUGAUAAGAUCAUUGAUGCAGGCCCUCAACUCGCUGGAUCGCUAGAUUACAAUGUAGUACAUAGUUUAUAUAACAAAGGGUUUAUUUAUCUGGAUGUACCAAUAUCUGAUGACAGUUGUAUAGCAGUUCCUCCUCUUGAAGGAUUUGUAAUGAAUCGAGUGCAAGGUGAUUAUUUUGAAACUCUGCUUUAUAAGAUAUUUGUUUCAAUAGACGAGCAUACUAAUGUUGCAGAGCUUGCAAAUGUCCUUGAGAUAGACUUAUCCCUGGUUAAGAACGCUGUUUCAAUGUAUUGCCGAUUGGGCUUUGCCCAUAAGAAGGGACAAGUAAUAAAUUUGGAUCAACUUCAUUCAUCCUGGAGGAAUGUUCCAUCCGUAAACAGAUUAAAGAGUACUUUAGAUCCACAAAAGAUGCUCCUAUCAUGGGAUGGCGGGGAAAGUAGGAGUCCUGUACAAGAAGCUUCAUCGGCUACUGACACUGAUACAAAUAGUCAAGAAGAUCCAGCUGACACAGCCAGUGUAAGCAGUUUGAGUUUGUCUGCGGGAUAUACAAAGCGCAUUGCACUCCUGUUUGACUCAACUCUUACUGCCUUUUUAAUGAUGGGAAAUCUUUCACCAAACUUGAAAAGUCAUGCAGUCACAAUGUUUGAAGUUGGCAAGCUCUCUGAUGAGUCUCUGGAUAGCUUUCUUAUAGAACUAGAAAAGGUUCAGAGCACUGGUGAAGGAGAAGCACAGAGAUAUUUUGAUCAUGCACUCACUCUGAGAAACACAAUACUGUUUCUGCGUCAUAAUAAAGAUCUAGUUGCGCAAACAGCACAGCCAGACCAACCCCAUUAUGGUUUUCCUCUGGAUCUCUUGCGCUGUGAAAGCCUGCUCGGUUUGGAUCCUGCAACUUGCAGCAGAGUUCUAAACAAAAAUUACACACUGCUUGUUUCCAUGGCGCCUCUCACCAAUGAGAUUCGGCCUGUCAGCAGCUGUACCCCUCAGCAUAUUGGACCAGCUAUUCCAGAAGUCAGUUCUGUCUGGUUUAAACUGUACAUUUACCAUAUCACUGGGCAAGGACCUCCAUCUCUUUUACUAUCUAAAGGUACAAGACUUCGAAAACUGCCAGAUAUAUUCCAGGGUUAUGAUCGAUUACUAAUAACAUCUUGGGGUCAUGAUCCUGGGGUAGUUCCGACAUCAAAUGUGCUCACGAUGUUGAAUGAUGCUUUAACACAUUCGGCAGUUUUGAUUCAGGGACAUGGUUUGCAUGGGAUAGGAGAAACUGUCCACAUACCAUUUCCAUUUGAUGAAACAGAGCUACAAGGAGAGUUCACUCGUGUCAGUAUGGGUGUUCAUAAAGCGUUGCAGAUAUUAAGGAACAAAGUGGACUUGCAGCAUUUUUGCGGAUAUGUCACCAUGCUGAAUGCUUCUAGCCAACUUGCAAAUAGAAAACUCAGUGAUGCUUCUGAUGAGAGAGGAGAACCUGAUUUGGCUUCUGGCUCAGAUGUAAAUGGGAGUACAGAGUCAUUUGAAAUGGUCAUUGAGGAAGCAACUAUAGAUUUAGCAAUAAAGCAAAAUUCUGUUGCCACAAUAGAAGCAGAUUGGGUUCCUCUUGAACUGUGCUUUGGAAUUCCAUUGUUUAGUUCUGAAUUAAACCAGAAAGUUUGUAGAAAAAUUGCUACACAUGGCCUUUGCACUAAAGAGAGCCUUCAAAACCUCUUACAUUCCAGUAGAAAACUCUCUCUACAAGUCCUUAACUUUGUUCACUCAUUCCAGGAAGGUGCUUCAACACUGGAUAUUCACACCGAGGCCAGUUUUUCAAGUUGGCUUUCACAGUCAUCCUGUGGCGAUACAGGAGUUCCACUUCCUGCUAAGAACUUAAUAUUCAAAGAUGGCAUUUUAUCAGAAUGGAGCGGACGGUCACCUUCCUCGUUUCUUAUUGCCAAUCUCCAUUUGCAGUAAUUUGGUCACACCAUUUGUUGCUCACACCCUCUGCCUUUUUUCUUUCUUACUGUUAGCUUUGUGGUGCCAGCACUAAAAAGCUUCGUGCUGCUGCAAUGCAGUUCACACUUCACUGAUGUGAAAGGCUUGGGGACACGUUCUUUUUUUCUGAAGGUUUCCUCAUUAGUACACCUGCCAAUGCAGCAAAGAGCUUUUUAGCAGCCUGCACUGUACUUUUCACCUUGAGACAAUCUGCAUUUCUUUUAUAAAACUGAGGGUAUACUUUAUAAGCUUUAUGAUGACUGUUACAUUUAUAAGCAGUCUCUAUGAAUAUUGCAAUGGUAAUUUUAUAUGUUAGUUUCAGACAUAAAUCUUGUUUAAUUUUAUAUUUUGUUACCUACUCUUUAGGGGAUCAUGGGAAGAGGUAGAACUCUUUCUCUGAAAAGGCUUCUUGGUACUUAAAGUAGUAAAACUAUAAGACAAGAAACAUCUAGUAUUGAGAAAUGAGAUAAUGGGGCAUUAAGAAUUCCUGUGGAUGUCUGUAAAUUAUGUGUAUCAGUUGAACAUUGUUAAAAGUAUGUAAAUCAGCAUAAUUAUAACUUAACCUUGAUUUAUAAGGUCUUAACUCAGACUAUGACUGUAUACAUUGACAUCUCAUGAGAAGCUUUGGAAAACAUUCUAUUUUUAAACAGUGUUUAUAUGUGGACCUCUGUUGUCACUCACUUUGGGCUUUAUAUUUUCAUAGAGUCUUUAUGGAAAAAUAGGAUUUAUUUUCCACUCUUGUAGCUGUGGCUGCUGCACGUUUUGACCCUGAUUUAUCUUUACCAAUGACUCGUUACAAAAUUGAAUUUGUUGUUUUCAAACUGAGGAUUGUGAUUUUAGUUUAGAUUUACAUAUUAGAGGCAUUAAGGCUAUGUCUUCUGAUCAAAACGUGUUAAUGAUAAAUCUGCUUCAAGGACAUGUUCUUAGGAAUUCUGAAUCUUAAAUUUAUGUGAGUAGUUUUGGAGGAAAUGAUAAAGAAAAAUUGAGUAAUUUCAAAAUGUUUCUUGAGUCAUUGAUUCUUUUAGUAUCUCAAAUGUAAGAAUAAUUGGAAUCAUUUCUUAGAUUUUUCAAGUUACUUUCCUUGGGAAGUUUGUGCAGUGUUACAGCUUAGUUUAGCUUUUCUCAUAGGAUAACGGUUUGCUAGCUUAAAACUGUAACCAGAGUAACUGGUCAGAUAAUAUAUAUCUACAACACUUAAAGCAUUAGAAAAUUUGAGAAUGUAAUAACCUAAAUAAACAUUUUUGCUGAUCAUUUUUGUUAUUUAUAGAACUGAUAUUUGUGUAUUUAACAUACUUCUGGAAAUAUAUGCCUUUAUUAAAACUGUUACCCAUGCAUUCAAAACCAUUGCCUAACUACAGAAUUGAAUAUUCUGGAGCAGGUUUCUUGUGGCACAGUCCAUGCUGUGUUUGGGGUACACACAGUAACAUUUAGUUUUCUACUUUGUCUUCUAUGAGGUGGAAACCAAGUGUAUGUUAUAAAUGUAUCUAUAAAAGGAAAAAUGCAUACUAAUAUUAAAAUAAUUUCUUAUGACUGUGAAUCACUUGUUUAUUUUUCCAGUAAUUGUAUUGUACAUUCCUAGUGCUAUUAGAUAUGUACGUAUAACUUUUACAGUUUUUCAACCUGAAGUUGUAAGUAUUUCAUUUGAUCAGGGCUUUUUAAUCUCCUUUUCAUUUGCUUUGUUUGAAUUAAUUGUAGUUUAUUUUAUUUAUUCCUGUAUUAACAAUCUAAGCCUACUGUAAUGACAUGUACACUAAUAAAGAAUUGAAUAUUUGUAGUUGUUGGCAAUGAACCCAGUUGUUUGUAAUUUUAACACUUAAAAUAUGGGAGUAAUCUGCUGCUAUAUUCCCCUUGAGAUAUAAUGGAGGAGGAAAUAGAACCUAAUAAUGAUCAAGGGUUUUAGGGAAAGUACUGAAAAAAUAUGUGGUCCACUCUGAUUUCUCCUGUGAUUGAGGAAAGAUUCUGAUUCCCAGCUGAAGACCACUCAUACUUUUAGAAGUGAGAAUCUGCAUUUUUAGAGCUGUUAGCAGAAUGUGAAAGCUGCUUUUGUGCUUUGCUUUAUGAAUUUGGCUUUGUUUAAUUCAUGUAAAGAUGUAUUCUUAAAUCUUACAAGUGUUGAUCCAAUUCGCCAAGAAGGUAAUAGACUUUUAUUUGCCAAAGAAGAUUUAUUAAAGAAUUUUUGUCCUAUUUUUUUUUUUGCAGAUGUUUGAAGUAAUUUCAUUUGGCUUUGUGUUACCUCCCCUUUUCUUUCCCCCCACCAAACAUAGCUUAAACCAUGGCAAACAAUCUUUAGAAAUGAAGAGAAAAAAGAAAUAUCAAAGAGGACAUAGAAUUUAAUUUAGUAUGGUACAGUUUCACCUCUCAGGUGGGUCUGAAGAAAUGCUACUUUCUGUAAUUUUUAGAAAAUAUGAUCAUCUGAUUUUCUUGAUUCUUUUCUUCUUGUUAAAUAGGUAAUGAGAUAAUUUUGUAUUUGUUUUUUGGGGGAUUAUCAGUUUUCUUGAUGUUUUCAGUUUUCUCUGCCAUUCAUGUUUCUCUUUUAUGUUCAGUGUUUCAAAUACAGUUUGUAUUUAAAGAUUUCAAAGAAACUGUAACUGAGUGCAGUGGAUUGUUUUUUGGUGUGAUGUUAAUAUUAUAGAGUGAAUAUAUAAAGUAUUGUCAAUUUGAUUAUUGACAUACAGUAUGUUUACAAAUAAACUGGUGUUGAUCAAGUUA